AAAAGAUUUAAGAGAAAACAGAACCGAACCGUAUUGACGGGACUCGAAGGUCUUCAGAGGGGGGCAAAAGUGAAGGGCAGAGCUCCUUCAUGGCGGCUUCUGCAACCACCACCAUGACUCCUCUUCUCUUCGCUCUCCGUCAUGUCUUCCUCUUCUUCUUCGUCUCAUUUGCGGCGGCCACUGGCAAUUCCGCCUCGAAAACCCCCGCCUGCCACAACAUAACCGAGCAGGUUUUGGUGAAGAACUGGGUUGAUGGUUCUGAAGGUGAAACUCUAGAAGGAUUAAGUGCUAAAUUUGGUGCUUUUGUGCCAAGUCAGGAAGACAAUGCUCUCAAGUUGCCUGCUGUUUUUGCAAAUCCCUUAAAUUGCUGUUCUAGUUCCUCUACUAAGUUAUCCAAUUCUAUUGCAUUGUGCAUGCGUGGUGAUUGUGAAUUCACAGUUAAGGCAGAAGUUGCACAAUCAGGAGGUGCAUCUGGUUUACUGGUGAUCAAUGAUGCAGAAGAUAUAAGUGCUGCAAUGUCAUGCUAUGGAAAUGAUACUUCUCUAAAUGUUACCAUUCCUGUUGUCAUGAUUGCAAAGUCAAGUGGUGAUGUUAUCAAGAAAUUAUUUGAAGCCGGACGAAAAGUGGAGCUUCUGUUGUAUUCUCCAGACAGUCCAAUUGUGGACUUGUCAGAGUUCUUUAUAUGGAUAAUGGCAGUUGGGACUAUUAUCUUGGCAUCUGUUUGGUCUGAAUUCAUUGCAUGUGAGCAAAAUGAUGAGCCCUAUAAUCAGUUGACACAAAAGGAAUCGUCAAAUGCUGGAACAACUGAUACUGAGAGGGAAAUCCUUGAUAUUAAUGUAAUGGGUGCUGUAAUUUUUGUCAUAACAGCAUCCACCUUUCUACUGCUACUCUACUUCUUUCUCUCAUCUUGGUUCGUCUGGUUGCUGAUUGUACUUUUCUGCAUCGGUUGUAUUGAGGGAAUGCAUUCUUGCAUAGUUACUCUAAUAUUCAGAAUAUGCAGAAACUGUGGGCGGAACACUGUAAACCUUCCUAUUCUUGGGGAAACAUCCAUUGUCUCUAUUGCAGUAUUACCCUUCUGUAUGGCACUUGCCAUUUUCUGGGCUGCAAAUCAGCAUGCAUCAUAUGCCUGGAUCUUUCAAGAUUUUCUUGGUAUCUGUUUGAUGAUUACAGUCCUGCAAGUUGCUAGAUUGCCAAACAUAAAGGUUGCUUCAGUACUUCUUUGGUGUGCAUUUGUAUAUGACAUAUUUUGGGUCUUCGUGUCACCCUACUUCUUUGGUGAAAGUGUGAUGAUUGCGGUUGCUCGUGGUGACAGUAGGAGUGGAGAAGCGAUUCCUAUGCUUUUAAAAUUCCCUCGAGUUUUUGAUCCGUGGGGUGGCUAUAAUAUGAUUGGCUUUGGGGAUAUUCUCUUCCCCGGUUUGCUUGUUUCCUUUACUUUCAGAUAUGACAGAUCAAAUAAAAAAGGCAUUUUAAAUGGAUAUUUUCUUUGGUCAACAAUUGGCUAUGGGAUUGGUCUUUUACUGACGUACCUUGGCUUGUAUCUAAUGAAUGGAAAUGGUCAACCUGCGCUUCUCUACCUUGUACCAUGUACAUUAGGGACUGUUGUGGCACUAGGGUUGUGGAGGGGUGAGCUGAAACACCUGUGGAACUAUGGGAAUUCACCAUCUAUUGAAUCUUCUGGAGCAGUUUGAAGCAGGUCAGUUGUUUUGUUUUUUAAACAAGACAAGGGACAGCCCCUUUGGAUCUGAUGAAGCUACCAAUGUACAAGAGAAUGCAUUAGCAGAUGCUACUUCCUUCCUUUCGAGGUCAACUCUGUUUGAGAAAUGGAAUGCACAUCGAUAAAACGAAUGAAGAAUUCUGAGUGGUCCAGGUGAGCAAUUAGUUAGCAUGUAUUAUGGUUACAUUUUUUUCUCUAAGCAAGGCAUCGGUUUUGCCACUCUCACCUUGAUAUUAUUGUAAUAUUUAGAGGUUAUUCUGGUGAAAUGAUUUCUUAACUGUAAGAAUCUUUGUCAAUAUUUAUUGGAAUUCUGUGAAGAACAAUUGCAAUAAAACCUGCUGUCUUCUGGCAGAA